ACGUAGAUAUAUACAAAUAUCAUACAAGAGGAGAAGACUUGGUUUGUAUAGUAUUAGUGAAAGAAAAUGAAAAGAAAGAGAGAAAUAGAAAGGAAAUCAGAGAUAAAAUCAGCCAUUGAAGAGCUUUCUUUGCUCAUCAGGCUUAGAACUACUGUCAAAAGAAGCAACAUACUUAUUAAACCUCAAUCUCCUGCUACUGCUGGUAAAAAUAGUGAUGAUAAUUAUCUUCAACAACAACAACACAAAUCGGUAGUUUCCCAUAUAUCAACCAGGCCCAUUCUCUCUGUUUGCUCUUUGAUUCUUCAAGUUCUUGAUAAGAUUGGACCUACCAUGACUGUGAUGAGACAAGACAUUUACAAGAAUAUUCAGAGAUUAGAGGUCUUAUGCGAUUCAGAUCCGACAAAGUAUAUAAAUUUGGUGGAGAUAUUAAACAAAGAAGCAAUUGAAGGCACCGCCAAAAAGGGUGAUAGCUGUAGCAAAGCUGUGCUUUGGCUCACCAGGACAUUGGACUUCACGGCAGCAUUGCUUAAGAAAUUAGCGGUUGAACCAAUGGAAAGCAUGGAGGAAAUUGUUGGCAAUUCUUACGAGACUACUUUGAAACCUUGGCAUGGAUGGAUUUCUGCAGCUGCUUACAAAGUAGCUCUCAAAUUGGUGCCUGAAACUGAGACAUUCAUUAGCCUACUUAUGGACAAAGGUGAUAGCAUUGACAAUUUUAGAGAUGAAAUCCAAGUUUUACAUUCAUUACUCACGCCACUUUUAGAAGAUCUACACUCUAUUUUGAGCUCAUAUAGGCUGGACAGGCUCAAGUCAACUUGAUGACGUUGAUCGCUUUUAAAUACUUACUAUAUGUUGUACAUAUUUGCAAAACUAAAAUAUGUAGAGAUUUCUUAUAUAGGUGCACUUUUUCUUGUUUAAAUGAAAACAAGAAAACAUGCUUCUUGUACGUAUUUCUUGUAUUGAAAUAAAAUAUGUUUUUUAAUAAAAAGAAUUUAGAUAUGAUCAAGUAC